GCCCCUCGAAUUCAUCAGUACAGUAUAUCCUGCAUAGCAUCCUCCUUCCUUUGGCUGAUAUUCCAGCUGAGUUCAAAGCUGUAUGGCACUCUCCAGGCGUGAUCCUUGAGGCGUCACACUGCAUAUCACUCAGAAUACUUUUUGUACCCAUUUCCUGGCUGUGACUUGCGUUGCGCCUCCAAGCGUGGUUUUGUCGUGUCGCUUUCCUUUCGAUGAUUCUAGCAAUGUAGAGAAGCGCCUCCUCGAACUCUAGCACCUUUCGCCUUUGAGGACCAUGGCCGAUGAUGCAAUGUACUGCCACGUUCAGGCCCGGAUACCCAGGUUGAACAUGGCAAGGCUUCUGGGGAUUUGCUUAUAAGGCAGCAAGAACGCGUUGAUAAAGAUCUCUCACUGCUGGUCACCACGAAAAGUCAAUACAUGUACAAUCCCUACUACCACCAGCCUACGGAGCCGACCUCGUAUGCUCCGCAAGCUGACCCAGGGAAAUACACCAAUAAUCAGUAUACGGCCGCGCCGCAUACCUAUCCCUGCACUCAAGAGCUCCCACCUACGGGCCUUGAUGUACCGUCACCUUUCAACAAUGCUAAUUAUAAUCAAUUUUUCGAUUAUGGCUGCUCUCCGUCACCGACGACUGACCACUCGCUAUCUCCCCUUUGGUCUUCUCCACAUACAUCGCUCACACCUAUGCUCUCGGCCUCGCUGUCGACCUCGUCUAUGCCUUCCCCGGGGUUCUCUCCUGGAACUUCUCCAGUGCCGUAUGUCUCUCCCUCUCCGUCGGUUUACAACAUAUCUCCUGCAUUCCAAACACACCUGCUAUCACCGUACUCGCCGCAAACCGUUCCCUAUCCGAAUACAUCUCAACCGCACAUCUCCUCGCCGUCAAGUCAUUCGAAUAAUAUAUCAGGCGCCAACUCCGUAUAUCCGUCAUUGACUCGCGUCCGAGUACCCCAGCGCAUAGAAGCUGAUACGAAUAACAGCUUUAGGAUAGAUUUCAACGUCAACGGCAUCCCUGGCAUUUCCUUGCAGGAUGCGAUCAAAGAUGUGAAUGGCCUAGUGCUAGAUGGCGCUUGUGACAAAGUAUUCACGUCCACGGGGUCUCGGCAGAUCCGGCUCAUAUUGACAUGGCCUGGUUAUGGCCAAGAGGGAAUGUAUAUACCGGUACAGGACCGUGACGGCUUCAUUACUCGUGCACGGUUUGCUCACUUGGUAAGCGUAAAUAUCGCUAGACGGCUUGCUAGGUUUUCAAAAACAACAGUGGACCCAAAAUAUGCGCAUUGGGCUGUAGGGCGACGGGGGAUAGGCACUGAGAAGCUCUGGCUUCUCUCUGUAAAGCCUGCCGCCCAGAAUAUGCCCAAACCACACACCUUUUGCACAAUGUUUACUAACGCGUUAGACAUCUUCUCUUAUGCCCCCGUUAUGAUUUCAUAUCCACUCUCUACACCCGUUAUUGUGCCGACUAUCUUAUACUUAACCUUUUAACGGAUCAGUAGUCAUGAGUGGCUUCAUGCAACAUUGCACGAAGUCACUCUCCCGUUAUUCACUUCCACUUCGCUCUCUGUAUUGAUUUCAUGUCUUCCUCAUAAUUUAUUCAUGACCUCUUCACAUCUUCACCUCUCCGUUUGCAUGAACAUUAUUCUAUUGUAUAUUGAUACAGUCGCAACCCCACUCAUAACACAUUUCCAGUUUG